AUGCAAGAUACACGGGAACAUGGUCGAACGCGACCGAGAGUCGCGAGAGCUUGCGAGAGGUGCCGUAUUAAGAAAGCAAAGUGCGACGGGGAAAGGCCAUGCCGAAGAUGCAAUCUCGACUGUGCGGUUUGCUCAUACAAGGUCCGACGGAAGCCAGAAUCCGCCGGUGCUACUCAGAGAUACACCAACCUCUUACUUCAGCAUCACUCAGCUCUCACGGCUGGCCUCGUCAAGCUGUACUCGAGGCUGCUUGAUGGGAAGGCAUGGGAAGGUGCUCCGGUGGACGAAGUGAAUGGCAGUCCCAGCGUCCACUGCAUCCUGGAACGAAUUGGCGUGAUUGGAGCCGAAGAAGAAUUUGACGAAGACCUCGACUUCUCGGACCACAACGAGCGGCCGCAACUUUCACCCAUCCAAGAAACCGCCAACUCGCCGGCGGUGGUCAAGAAACCAGCCAAGUCUACUACUACCACCACCACCACCACCACUCAAAAAGCCGCGAAGACGAAACGUCGAUCGCAGAGUCAGGUAUCAUCAAUCCAGACAGAUUGCUCCUCCAAGUCAGGAACAAUCGACAAGACCCGGAAAUCACCGCAGCACAACGUCCAAGCUACACAGCUGGCCUCGCCGUCGAACUCGGAGUUCUAUUCUAGCGUCUUUGAGUCUGGAAGCUCCGACACGCCUUCGACUUGGGACUCACCCGGCUUUGGGGACGAGCUUUUCUCGGCGCCCGCCCCCACCGUUGAAGAAACCCAGGCUCAGUACGAGCGUGUCAUGGACGCCACGUUCCCGACCGGCCAUUCUUUCUCCGCCCACCAUCGUCCCACUGGCGAUGCAGACAUGAACGCGCCAGCGCCCAUGGUGUUCGACGGUGGAUUUGAGAUGCCGGGCGCAGACAACUUUGUCGUCGACGCCACUUGCGACAUGAACUUUUACGACUGGGACGGCAGCAACUCAUUCGGCAUGGGAACGGAGCCCGGAAUGUUCAUGCAGAGAAACAACGCUUGGAAUCCCGGUGUAUUUGCGUGA